AUGGCUGAAGCGGAAGCCGACGACGAAUCCGCCGCUGGCGAAGGCGGUGACCUGGACGAGCAGGACGUGCCGCCUAAACCCACGACGAAUCCCAUCGCCUCGUCUGACCGUGCCGCCGCCGCGGCGCUGAGCUCGCGCAAGGUGAGGAGGCGGCGCGUGCCGGCAUUCGGAGAGUGGAACUACAACUACUACGGCAGCGCCGAGCUGGUAGCCACGCCCACGGCGGCGGCGGUCCCCUUCGAGAGGUACGCGGCGGCGGUGCCGGAGCUGGAGGCCCGCAGCGACGUGUGGUUCAAGUACUCGCCGCCCCCUCGGAAGCCACCGCCGGUCAGCAGGAAGGUCCGGAGGCCGGCGGAGAAAUCCUACGGCGGCAGCAAGCGCCCCCGUGCUGCUACGCCUGCGAGGGCGUCCGACGGCGUGGUCCCGUCGUCUGUGCCGCGCACGCCGGCUAAGAGCACCGGCGCGGCCAGGGCGGCGCGCGUGGUGCAGCGCGUCAACGCCGACCUGUACCAGGUGCCCCCGCCGGAGUUCGUCCACGAUGACGACCUGAGGCCAAGGCGGCAGCAGCGGCAGCGUAAGAAGGCGUCCAGGAGCCUCUGGAUGGGUUGCUUCGGGUUCAGCUGCAGGCCGGCUGAAUAA